AUGGCAUUGAAGCACCUGAUAACCUGUAUUGUGGCAGGUAUUGACUACCUCGUGCAUCCUCAAAUCCUGGGCAGCGUUGAGGAGAGCGUGAGGGCGGACCAGAUCAUCCCCGUCGUCGUCCUGAGCGAGGAGGAGGUCAACGCCGGCCCAGAGAAGCUCGGCAGGACUCUGCAGUAUCUCGUUGAUAACGACGAUGUCUGCACCGAUGAGUUCACCGGCAUCAUAGUCGUCAAACCGUCCGGGUCUGGCUCGCAUCUGCGUGGUGCUUAUGCUAGUGCAUCUGACAUACAGACUUCCCUAGACUGCCCUUUCACGGUAUAUCACCUGACAAAUGGACUUGAUACGUGUGAAGAUAGGGACCUCUUACCAUCUGGGCCAUAUUUCCUGAGCGGGCAGAACCUGCACCAGGCUUGGCGGCUCCACCCUGACGACCUCGAUGCCUUCACCUUCGGCCUAUUGCCAGACAGCCCUUUUGACCCUCAGAGCUUCCAAGCCGUCGCACCGCUGUCCUCAGAUGGUGUCUCCAAGACCAUCCCAGUGCCCAGCCGGUUUUAUCACAAGCCUACCUCAAAGAGACCGCUGGCUGGGAAACGCGUCUCGCUUACAGACUCAUUCGACGUAAAGGGUGCAAAGACGACACUAUCUAGUCGGGCAUGGUCGCAGCUGUACCCCGCUGCCGACACUUCCGCCGCGUACGUCAAGAAGCUGCUCGACCUGGGCGCCGUCGUGGUGGGCAAGACGAAGACGACCCAGUUCUCGACCGGGCUGCAAUGGGUUGACCACCAUCCACCCGUGAACCCGAGGGGCGAUCGCUAUCACCAAGCGUCCGGUAGCUCCGCAGGAGCCGCAGCAUCCCUUGCCGGUUACCGGUGGCUCGAUUUUGCCGUUGGUGGAGAUUCCGACGGAGGUGUCCGGGACCCAGCUGCAGACCAUGGGCUGCAUGCUAUUCGGUCAUCAUUCGACUCAGCGUCCCUAGAGGGCGUUAAGAUCAGUUCAGAGAGAUAUGAUACCGCACCUUUCUGGUCAUUGUGCCACGAUUACUACCACAAAUUUGAUGAGUUCAGGGCUGAUUAUAGCGAUGCCGUUGGCCGCGAGCCCUUUGUUGAGGCGUCUCCUCGCUACCGAUGGGACGUCGGAGAGAGUGUUACGAACGACGAUUACGACGAGUAUCUCGACCGCCUCGACACGUUCAGGACAUGGUUUGAUGAGACUGUCAUGCCCCUAAGCAGCGGAUCUGAUGAUAUCAUGAUACUGCCAGCUGGCAUCGCUGGGCAGAAAUACCAAGACGAGCCCCCGAGUGAACCCGAAUCCCUUGAGGGCAUUGGUAUCAGACUCUUAUCACCGAUUCUGGGCACACCCCAGAUAGUUGUACCAUUCGCGCAGCUUCCCUACAAGUCCCGCGUGACUGAAACACUAGAGUACAGGCCCGUCAGUGUGUCGUUGAUGGGCGCCAGAGGGAGCGACCUUGCGCUUCUGCGCUUGGUAGAAGAAGUCACGCAGGCUGCUGGAUGGCGGACAAAUGUCGACACGGGAAGGCGCGCCUUCCCCGUCGGCAAAAACAGUCGACAUGUACGGGACCUUGGCGAUGACGGCCGUGGAGGUGAGGUCUACAUUCAGCAGCAUGUUGCUGGUCUUGCAGAUGUUUCGGACGGGACACCGGACGAGUUGUAG